GAGAGAGAGAGAGAGAGAGAGAGAGAGAGAGAGAGAGAGAGAAAGAGAGAGAGAGCGGUGUCAGUGUGUGAUCGAGAAUUCAGACGAUUGAGACGAUCAAGUAGACUGUUUCACGAACGAGUCAUUUGCGGUGUGUAAUGCGUGCCAACGGACUCGGGUGCUCGUUUCGGCGACUGCUGCCGGCGCAGACGAUUUAGUGAUUCCACGGGAAAACGACGGACUCGCGCUGCCGAUACGCGAACACCGAUCAUCAAUCACGGUGUGCGCAUUGCGAUCGACGCGGCACGCUCCGAGUUGCGGUAACAUUCUCCGCUAUCGGAAGCAAACGCACUGCAGUCUCUCUGUCUUCAAGUACCAGCGUUCGGUCCGUUGGAUGGCGAUCGAGGAAAACAAUCGCGACGCGCGACUACCGCAGGAGCGGGACGGUGACAACAACCGGCCUUCCACUUCGCGGGGGGAGCCUGUGCGUGUAGGAGUGAUGAACCAACAGUGCAAGGUUUGCGGUGAGCCGGCGGCGGGUUACCACUUUGGAGCCUUCACAUGCGAGGGUUGCAAGUCAUUCUUCGGCCGCACGUACAACAACGCCGGUAACAUCGCCGACUGCAAGAACGGCAACAAGUGCGUCAUCAACAAGAAGAACCGCACCACCUGCAAGUCCUGCCGCCUGCGAAAGUGCAUCCUCGUCGGCAUGUCCAAGUCCAGCUCGCGCUACGGCCGUCGCUCCAAUUGGUUCAAGAUCCAUUGCCUGCUGGCGGAGCAGAGCAGCCAGAACCUGGCGUUGGCGGCGAGCGCCGCAGCGCCGUAUUCGUCCAACUACCUGACGAGUUUGCUGCGGCAGCACGAGAACAAUCAACACAGUGACAACCGGGUGGAAGUGUCGUCGCCCAACCAGGAGCUGGCGCAGCAGGUGCAGUCUCGGUUCGCGAGCCUCGCGAUGCUGACUCGCGAGCAGGAGUGUCGGCGGUCGAUUACCGGCUCCGACGAGGAAGACACUACGGAGGAGCAGCUUUCGAGCCGGCUGCGCGGCUGGGGAGAGGUCGGGUCGCACCGGGAAGCAGCCGCGGCCGCGGCCGCGGAGGACUACGCGGCCUCCAGGAGGAACGUUCUGCCGGAGGAGAACGCUUCGACGACCUCUUCUUCGCCGCUGAGCUCCAUCCGGUCCAACGUCGCGACCAUCAGCUCUUCGCUCGGCAGCAUCGUGAGCGUGCCGGCGACGAUGGUACCGAGGUCCCUAGUAUCCAAGCGGCACACCGAGAUAUUGAGCGACAUCAGGCAGAGAAGAUACGCAGAACAAUACAGGAGAUUCGACUCCGUCAGCGAGUCCAGCUCGGGCAGCUCCGAGGACGACGGCAUGCGCGACACCGAGCUGAGAAGCAGCUCGGAGCGACUCAACCGCAUCAACUCGCCGUACUCGUCGGACCAUGAGAUAUCGCUCAGGAUCCCGGUUAACACUAGGGUCGUGUGCAGAAUCGAAGGGCGUGUGAACCAUGAUAUGAUUCACACGACCUUCAAUUCUGCGACUUGCGAGGGUAGACUGUCCCCGGCGCCGGCUGCCGCCACCCCGACCACCUCGCAGAACAGCUUGGCGGGUGGUGAUCGUCUUCAGAUUAGUCCUAACCCGGGUCGCCUCGCCGACGAACAGAGCGAGCCGAUAGACCUGAGCAUACGGGGCAGCAAAAGCUCCAGCGAGACGGCCAACGACGACGAGCAGAGGUCCUGCACGCCUCUCGACCUGACGAUACGAUGAAAGGAUGCCUGAGCCUCGGCAGGCAAGUUGACUUGUUGUUGAUGUUGGCGCCGGGCACGCACGCACGCACGGUGGAUCAAGGUCUCGCCGACUACGUGUGUCCGCAGACGCGAACGAGUUCGGGAAUUUGGAUAGACGUACUAUACUGAUGGUAAUCGAUUGGUAAUUUGUGAUAGUGGCAAAUCGGUGACGAGUGAGACGAGAAUACAGACACCUGGCAGUGACACGGACAUUGUGCAUUGGAUUGAUCGACGUUGUGCAGAGCGCCUCUUCGUACAUAUGUAUCGCGAAUAUGUAUAUACAUGUGUCGCGAAUGCAUCGGCCAGUAGCGAGAAGUGCCUUAAUCUAAUAUAUUUAUAUAAUUAGUUAUAAAUAUAUCGUCAUGCACACAUAAAUGCACACGCGCGCGCGCGCACACACA